GCUUCUUUAUAUACACUUGACGACGGACCACUAUCCUUCAACACAAGCAGCUAGCUAGCAAGUCUCCAAGCUUGGUGAGAGAGGGAGAGAAAGAAGGAGAAGGAUGCUAGAGAUGAAGGCCUGCACGGCCAUAGCUCUGGUGCUCGUUGUAGCAGCACAAUGUGCCGCCCUGGCCACCGCCGCCGGUCCCAGAGUCAUCAUCGUCGGCGCCGGCAUGUCCGGGAUCUCUGCUGGGAAGAGGCUGUCCGAGGCUGGGAUCACUGACCUGGUGAUCUUGGAGGCGACGGACCGCAUCGGAGGGCGCAUCCACAAGACCAAGUUCGCCGGGGUGAACGUUGAGAUGGGGGCCAACUGGGUGGAAGGGGUGAACGGAGACGAGAUGAACCCCAUCUGGACCAUGGCCAAUGGCACCGGAGGUCUCAACCUGAGGACCUUCCGCUCCGACUUCGACCACCUCGCCAGCAACACCUACAAGCAAGACGGUGGCCUCUACGACGAGAAAGUUGUUGAGAAUAUAAUCGAGAGAAUGGAUGAAGUGGAGGAGAGCGGGAGCAAGCUCUCCGGCACCUUGCACCACAGCGGCCAGCAGGACAUGUCUGUCAUGGCCAUGCAACGCCUCAACGACCAUAUGCCUUCGGGUCCAGCUAGGCCGGUGGACAUGGUGAUCGACUACUACCAGCACGACUUCGAGUUCGCCGAGCCGCCGCGCGUGACGAGCCUGCAGAACACGCAGCCGCUGCCAACGUUCAGCGACUUCGGCGACGACGUCUACUUCGUGGCCGACCAGCGUGGGUACGAGUCGGUGGUGUACCACGUCGCGGGGCAGUACCUCAAGACCGACCGCAAGUCCGGCGCCAUCGUCGACCAAAGGCUCAAGCUCAACACGGUGGCACGGGAGAUCACCUACUUCCCGAGCGGCGUCGCGGUGAGGACCGAGGACAACAAGGUGUACCGGGCCGACUAUGUCGUGGUCUCCGCCAGCCUCGGCGUCCUCCAGACCGACCUCAUACGGUUCAAGCCGCAGCUGCCGUCGUGGAAGAUCGUGUCCAUCUACCAGUUCGACAUGGCCGUGUACACCAAGAUCUUCCUCAGGUUCCCCAAGAGGUUCUGGCCGGAGGGCCCCGGCAAGGAGUUCUUCCUCUACGCCAGCGGCCGGAGAGGCUACUUCCCGGUGUGGCAGCAGUUCGAGACGCAGUACCCGGGGUCCAACGUGCUGCUCGUCACCGUCACCGACGACGAGUCGAGGAGGAUCGAGCAGCAGUCCGACAACCAGACCAUGGCGGAGGCGGUGGCGGUGCUCAGGAAGAUGUUCCCCGGAAAAGACGUGCCGGACGCCACCGAGAUCCUCGUGCCGAGGUGGUGGUCCAACAGGUUCUUCAAGGGCUCCUUCUCCAACUGGCCCAUCGGCGUCAACCGCUACGAAUACGACCUCAUCCGGGCCCCCGUUGGUAGGGUUUACUUCACGGGCGAGCACACGAGCGAAAAGUACAACGGAUAUGUCCAUGGAGCGUAUCUUGCAGGUAUCGACUCUGCUGACAUCCUCAUCAACUGUGCCAAGAAUAAGAUGUGCAAAUACGAUGUCAAGGGAAAGCAUGACUAAUCUCAAGGUUAAUUAAUCACGGAGUCACCAGCUGAAACGCCAGAAGUAACGGGGUGAAACCGGGUCAGCGCGCUCCAUUAUUUCGGUGUUCAUCUGUGUCGGGUCAUUGUUCAAUGGUUUUCUUGGGCAAUCCAUAUUUUUUUUCUCCUUGCGACAUGUUUUUUGUUUGGCUCUUUUGCAGCUGUUCUCACUUAAUUAUUAUUCAUAAAACUUCUAUAAAGCAGGAGUUGCCAAUAAUGUGUACGUGUUGCCCACUUGUUGUACCAUUACAUUUUACAAAAACAUUGUGGGAAGCAAUGAUAAAUUACAUGCAAUAAAGAGCAAGAUAACAUUGAUUAA